UUCCCCUUGGAAACAGUGGGUACUCUUAUCUGAGAUCUAAGCCAGAUUUCCCUAUGUCCAAGGAGUAGAACCUUUCCCAGGAUUUUGUGUGGAAAAAAAAUGUGGGUAUAAGUUAAUUAGAUAUCUAUUGGGAAUAUGAGCUCUAAACCCAGGGUAAAAAAACAAGAAUUGGAGCCUUAAAUGGGAUCUGAAGAAGUCUUCAUGGAAGGUGGAAGAAAUGGAAAAGCUGUAAUUCUUACCUUACAUUUUCAAGAUUCUUGGCAGAAGCUUGGCUCUUUAACUGGAUCUUCUGUCCACGUGUUGCAACCUCAGAAAACCAGCAGAAUGGCUGCAAACAAGAGUAAGAGCCAGAGCUCCUUGGCCCUUCACAAGGUGAUCAUGGUUGGCAGUGGAGGGGUUGGCAAGUCAGCUCUGACGCUUCAGUUCAUGUAUGAUGAGUUUGUAGAAGACUAUGAACCUACCAAAGCUGACAGUUAUAGAAAGAAAGUGGUUCUUGAUGGAGAAGAAGUCCAGAUAGAUAUUCUGGACACGGCUGGGCAGGAGGACUAUGCAGCUAUUCGAGACAACUACUUUCGCAGCGGGGAAGGUUUCCUCCUUGUGUUUUCAAUCACAGAACACGAAUCGUUUACAGCAACUGCAGAAUUCAGGGAACAGAUCCUCCGUGUUAAGGCUGAAGAAGAUAAAAUUCCAUUGCUUGUAGUGGGAAACAAGUCCGACCUGGAAGAGCGGAGGCAGGUGAACAUCGAAGAGGCGAGGAGUAAAGCAGAGGAAUGGGGUGUGCAGUAUGUGGAGACAUCGGCCAAAACACGGGCCAACGUGGACAAGGUGUUCUUUGACCUAAUGAGAGAAAUCAGAGCAAAGAAGAUGUCAGAAAACAAAGACAAGAAUGGCAAGAAAAGCAACAAGAACAAGAAAAGUUUUAAAGAAAGAUGCUGCUUACUGUGAAUGCCAAGAUGGUGGAUGGUCAGUUGCCGCUAAGGACAUAGGGCGGGUUUGUUCCGAGAAGACAGUGGAAUCCUUGGUGUGCUCGCUCCCUGCUCUCCCCGGUCUCACUCACUCAUACUUCUGUAAAUGGGGAAAAUAUUUAGGACUCAGAGACUGGCAGAAGAAAUAAACCCUUGUGUGUGCAAGGGUCUUGCCAGGAGAUUUUGGGGUUUCCUUCUUCCUUCCUUUCUCCCGAGAGUUACUGCUUAAGUAGUGCUGCAGGUAGGACACAGUCAAAUGUGAGUUAAAAAGAAAACGUACUGGCAUAGCUUUUUCCCCUUCCUAGUUUUAUAACGUUACCACCUUUUAUUUUGAAAUAAAAAUGUCUUAUUUUAACUGGAGUUUGGGAGAGGGGGUGGGUUAAGACUCCCCCAACCUUUAUCAGCUUAACACUAGUACUCAGAAAAAUCCAUUCAUCUCUCAUGAUGCUGAAAAAUUCAGAAUUAUGGGAUAUGUUUCUUAGCAAUGCCCUGUGGAUCCGAACCACAGCUAAAAAGAAGUAAAUUUGAAUUGGGCCAAAUAGGUCUAUAUGAAGCUUAUAAAUCCUCACAUAAUUUGUAGGUGGUUUUCUUCAUAUUUAAUUUUGAUGAAAUAUGAUUAAAUAUUGACUAUAAUUAAGUCAAUAAAGUAUAAUUAAGUCAAAUAAAGUCUAUGUUAGCUGUUCCUUUUCCUGCAGCAUCCUGAUUUUCUGUAGAAGCUUCUUUUUAGUAGACUAAUACUCAAGAGUAGUAUACUUUAUAAAUGAAACUUCCUAAUCAUAUUUAAAAAAAAAAUCUUUGGCUAAAUAAAUCCUCUCCCAGUUGCCAGCUGUGUGGGCAGACCUCCCCUUCUCCAGUGGCGGGUCCCCUGGUCUCUUGUCUGGAUCAGCCUCUUUACACGCAGAGGCUGAGGGAGCCUCUUCUUUUGUUUCUUUAAAUGUAGCAUGAGUUCUUCUGAAGAAUGUGAUGAGUUGAAAUUGUAUUCUAAAAUCAUGAAGCCAGAACCUGUGCCAAUACAUCCUGCUACCUCUCAUAGAAUUGCACAGUAAUUCUAAUGCACAGUAAUUCUAAAUGUAAAAUUAGACGUGGGGAAAGAUAAGCCAUUGUCCUUUUACCUCUGCAGAUUUCUAACACUGGUUUUUUUUUUUUUUCCCUUCUGAGACAGUCAAAUAGAUAGUUAGAAAAGAUUUUUAUUAAUGAGGUAUUGUUUAUCUUUCUUAUAUCGUUCUAAAUUCAGCAAUCAGAAUAUCUUUCUUCUCAAGAGGAGAAUUGUGGUAAAAAGCCAGCAUGUAACACAUUUCCCUCCAUUUUUCAGAAGUGACAUUUCACAUUAGGUGCCAAAAGUGAAUUGGAGUGGGGAGAGCAGGAACCUUUUGAAUUUAUGGUUAUUACUGAAAUUGUAGAAAUUAUGAUUUGACUGAAAAACACUCUUGUAUCACCUCCCAAAGAAUCAUGGGCUUUUUUGAAUAAAAAAAAGCAGACAAAUACACCUUUUCAGGAUUUCAGACUUUUUAUUUUAUCCUCUUGUCAUAAUGUGAAAGAUGCAAGUAUUAAAGAAAGGAACAGUAAGUUACUCUUUGUUAUUGGAUGCACUGCAAUGUCAGAUGAACUUUAUUUCAAGUAAUCCUUCAAUUUGAACUAUGGG